GAGUUCGAGCUGUGAGAGCCCACCUGACUCAUUACAAACGGAGAUUUCCCCCAAAGCAAAACAAAUUUGAGAAACGCAGCUGUUCUCUAUCAUGUACAAACUUGAAGGGCCACGAAGAGGAAGAUCUUUCGACUCGAUGAAUAUUGGCUUUGAUGAAAAAUUUCUAAACAAUGAGAUUAACAAAUCUACCUUUUCAAAAAUUGAAGAAAACUGUGAAAAGAAGAAUACAUCAGAAAAGGGAAGAGCAACAAUAAUCUUCUCCUUGAAGAACGAAGUUGGAGGACUAGUCAAGGCACUUAAACUUUUCCAAGAAAACCAUGUCAACCUUGUCCACAUAGAGUCCAGAAAAUCAAAGAGACAAAACUCGGAAUUUGAAAUCUUUGUUGACUGUGACAGCAAUAGCGGACAACUGAACGAAAUCAUUCAGUUACUUCGAAACCAUGUAAAUGUGGUUGAUAUGGAGCCUCCUGAUAACUCCUGUUUGCAUGAAGAGGGAACAUAUGAUGUACCCUGGUUUCCAAAGAAAAUUUCAGAUUUGGACAAAUGUGCAAAUCGGGUCCUAAUGUAUGGAUCAGAGUUGGAUGCAGACCAUCCAGGUUUCAAGGACAAUGUUUACAGGAAGAGGAGAAAAUUCUUUGCUGAUCUCGCCAUGUCCUACAAACAUGGGGAUCCCAUUCCAUCUAUUGAAUUCACAGAAGAAGAGGUUAAGACUUGGGGGGUUGUGUACAGGGAGUUAAACAAGUUGUACCCCACUCACGCCUGUAGAGAAUAUUUAAAGAAUCUGCCACUCCUGUCCAAAUACUGUGAAUGUCGAGAAGACAACAUCCCUCAGCUGGAGGACGUGUCACGGUUUCUGAAAGAGCGCACAGGAUUCACUAUCAGGCCUGUAGCCGGUUACCUAUCCCCUCGAGACUUCCUUGCGGGUUUAGCUUUCCGUGUUUUUCAUUGUACUCAGUAUGUGCGCCACAGUUCAGACCCUUUAUACACUCCUGAACCGGACACAUGCCAUGAGUUGCUGGGUCAUGUUCCCCUGCUGGCUGAGCCCAGCUUUGCUCAGUUUUCUCAGGAGAUUGGCCUUGCUUCUUUGGGAGCAUCAGAUGAAUCAGUUCAGAAACUGGCCACUUGUUAUUUCUUCACGGUGGAGUUUGGCCUAUGCAAACAAGAGGGACAGCUGCGAGCCUAUGGAGCAGGUCUACUGUCAUCCAUCAGUGAGCUUAAGCAUGCACUCUCUGGUAAUGCAAGGAUAAUACCCUUUGAUCCCAAAAUUACAUGCAAUCAAGAAUGCAUUAUCACAACAUUUCAGGAUGUCUACUUUGUGUCAAACAGUUUUGAAGAGGCCAAAGUCAAGAUGAGGGAAUUUGCCAAGACUAUUAAGCGCCCAUUCUCUGUGCGAUAUAAUCCCUAUACCCAGAGUGUGGAUGUGCUCAAGGACACCACCAGUAUCAACAGUGUGGUGGAGGAGCUUCGGCAUGAGCUUGACAUUGUUGGAGAUGCUCUGAACCGACUCAACAAACAGCUUGGUGUCUGACCUCUGUUGAAAAUAAAGGUUUCUUUUAUGUCCAAACACACUCCAGUGUAGAAACUGCAUGUCCAUUUCCCUUUGUCAUUACACUUGAUGUGCUCUGCUUUGAGUAAUAAAACUUAGCUUAGCUACAAACCUUAACAGCAAUGUAACCCUGAAUCUGUAAUUUUGCUCUCACUGCUGUUUUGAAAUGUGGUCAUUGACUCUAUUCCAGUUUCCUAUUACAAAGAUUACUGUUCUAUACAGUAUGAUAUAUUUUUGCAGUUGGUGUUGCUAUAUGAGUAGGCUAUAUUAAUUGUUCCUGUUCCUUUGAUGUAUGCAUUUUGUUGCUUUUGGUGUGCAACUGUAUAAUUUAAACAACAGCACAUGUAUACAAUGGUUAAAGGGAGGGUAUGUAAAAUUUGUAUUUAAAAUUUGAUAAAUAUGACACUAUCUGUGUCCACACAUAGCCUACAUGUUCUAAUCAGAUGGAUGCUGCUUUUACUGAUAACAGUUGUAAUGUUGAUUUAUUCUUGAUUACAAAAAGAUCAGACAUGAUGGCCAAGUUGUUGAGAUUGUAAUUUUCUGUUUUGAUUCUCAAUAUGUUCCUGUCAGAAAGCUACGUAAACCCCAACCUCUGCAACUCAGAGAGUGAUUCUGGGGAAUUCAUAUGGGACAUGGCUUAAACGUAGCCCAUACUGAGAAUGAGAAAAAUUGCUUUGUGUUUCCCAAAUAUGCAGGUUAAAACACUGGCAAUCCAGGUUCAGUUGUGAUUGUAGUUAAUGUUUUUGUUUUUUUUGUUUUUUAACCAAUAAGGACGCAGGGUACAUACCCUCCUUUUUCAGUAGUUUAUAGUUCAUACAUGGAAGUACGCGUACAAUGAAAAUAUUUUUUUACUGUAUAAAUGUCAACAUUAGAUUUUGAUUUAAUAUAAUAUAUGAAUUGAUGUCUUCACUGUGCGACUUUCAUCUUGAAAUAAAAUUAAUUUGGAUAUCA